AUGUCUCAAAAGCAAACACCGAGGGAUUUUUUGAAACUUAUUAUUGGUCGUCCUGUUGUCGUUAAGCUGAACUCAGGUGCAGACUAUCGUGGAGUUUUAAUAUCUCUCGAUGGUUAUAUGAACGUUGUUUUGGAGCAAACCGAAGAAUACGUCGAGGGUCAGCUAAAGAAUAAAUAUGGCGAUGCCUUUAUCCGAGGAAACAACGUUUUUUACAUUAGCACUCAGAAACGUGGGAGCUUGAAAUAA